GGCGGGGUCCGCGUUGGCCGCCGGCGGGGACCCAGUGCUGCCCCGCCGCGCCCGCCCGCCCCAUCGCACGCUGUUGUCAUGGAGGAGCCAAGAUGGCGGCGCUGGCCUACACCGGGGGCAAGCGGGAGAUCAACUACUACUUCAGCGUGAGGAGCGCCAAGGCGCUGGCGCUGGGCGCCGUCCUGCUCCUCACCGCCUGCCACGCCGCCUCCCGCCGCUACCGAGGUGGUGAUACAUGUGAGUACCUUCUGUCCAGUGGGAGAUUUCUUGGAGAAAAAGUAUGGCAACCUCACAGUUGUAUGAUGCAUAAGUAUAAAAAUAGUGAAGCAAAAGAUUGCCUCAUAGACAAGCAUGUUGUGUUUAUAGGAGAUUCUAGAAUUCGACAACUGUUCUAUUCAUUCAUAAAACUGAUAAAUCCUCAAGUCAAAGAAGAGGGAAUUAAGCAUGGAAAUAUCCCAUUUGAAGAUAAAUCUGCUUCAAUUAAAGUGGACUUUCUGUGGUAUCCAGAAGUUAAUGGCUCUAUGAGGCAACGUAUCAAAUCUUGGACUGAGGGUUCUGUGGCAAAACCUCAUAUAAUUGUAGUAGGAGCUGCCACGUGGUCUAUCAAGAUUCACAAUGGCAGCAACGAAGCCCUUGCACAAUAUAAAAUCAAUAUCACUUCAAUUGCACCUCUUUUGGAAAAAUUAGCAAUAAGUAGUGAUGUUUACUGGGUCUUACAAGAUCCUGUUUAUGAAGAUAUGCUGAGUGAAAGUCGGAAAAUGAUCACUAAUGAGAAAAUAGAUGCUUAUAAUGAAGCAGCUGUUCGUAUUCUGAACAGCAGCUCCCGAAAUUCCAAAGCUAAAGUUAAAGUGUUCAGUGUGUCAAAAUUGAUAGCACAAGAAACUAUCAUGAAGUCUGUGGAUGGCCUGCAUCUCCCUGAAUCAAGCAGAGAUACAAAUGCAAUGAUUCUUAUGAAUGUCUACUGCAAUAAAAUACUGAAACCCAUUGAUGGCUCCUGCUGCCAGCCUCAGCCUCCGCUCACUCUGAUACAGAAGAUAGCUUUCUGUUUUUUUACUUUGUCCAUUAUUGGAUAUUUAAUUAUCAGCUUAAUUCAUCGGAAUAAUUAUCGAAAGAACAAAUCAUGCACUGAUUUGGAAAGCGGAGAGGAGAAGAAACCUGCCAUCAGCACACCUAAUGUUUCUACUUUGGAGAUGCUCUUACACUGCUUUUGCAAACUUGGUCUAAUCAUGACCUAUUUUUAUCUGUGUGACAGAGCAAAUCUUUUCAUGAAGGAAAAUAAAUUUUACACACAUUCAUCUUUCUUCAUACCAAUCGUCUAUAUCUUGGUUUUGGGGGUAUUUUAUACUGAAAAUACCAAAGAGACUAAAGUGUUAAAUAGAGAACAGACUGAUGAAUGGAAGGGCUGGAUGCAACUUGUUAUUUUGGUUUAUCAUAUCUCUGGAGCGAGCACUUUUUUGCCUGUGUACAUGCACAUUCGAGUUCUGGUUGCUGCAUAUCUGUUUCAAACAGGUUAUGGGCACUUCUCAUAUUUUUGGAUAAAAGGGGACUUUGGUGUAUACAGAGUGUGUCAGGUUUUAUUUCGUCUCAAUUUCUUGGUUGUAGUACUGUGCAUAGUGAUGGAUCGACCUUACCAGUUCUACUAUUUUGUGCCAUUAGUCUCUGUCUGGUUUAUGAUCAUUUAUGCCACCUUAGCUGUAUGGCCUCAGAUUGUCCAGAAGAAAGCAAAUGGGAACUGCCUAUGGCACUUUGGUUUACUGCUGAAACUGAUUUGCUUACUGACAUGUAUAUAUUUUCUGUCAUAUUCUCAGGGUACAUUUGAGAAGAUAUUUUCGUUUUGGCCAUUGUCCAAGUGUUUUGAACUGAAUGGGAAUGUCUAUGAAUGGUGGUUUAGGUGGAAGCUGGAUCGCUAUGUGGUUUUUCAUGGGAUGCUCUUUGCUUUUAUUUAUCUGGCAUUGCAGAAACAUCAGAUGAUAUCAGAAGGAAAAGGAGAUCCUCUUUUCUCCAACAGAGUUUCAAAUGUUUUAUUAUUUAUUUCAAUUGUGUCUUUUUUGACCUACUCUAUUUGGGCUAGUAGCUGUAAAAACAAGACGGAGUGCAAUGAGCUACAUCCUUCUGUUUCUGUGGUGCAGAUUUUAGCUUUCAUCCUCAUCAGGAACAUUCCCGGAUAUGUCCGAUCUGUGUAUAGCUCAUUCUUCGCCUGGUUUGGCAAAAUUUCUUUAGAGCUUUUCAUUUGCCAAUACCAUAUUUGGCUGGCAGCAGACACAAAGGGGAUUUUGGUGCUCAUUCCUGGAUAUCCGAUGUUUAAUGUUCUUGUCAGCACUUUCAUAUUUGUGUGCGUGGCACAUGAGAUUUCUCAGAUCACUAAUGAUCUAGCACAGAUUGUGGUUCCUAAAGAUAACUCAACUCUGCUGAAGAGGUUGCUAUGCAUAGCUGGAUUUUUUUCUGGACUACACUUCUUCUCAGCAAUGCAAGAUCAGUCAAGGCAUUAACUUAGAAACUUUCUUCAGGUUUACUUUGUGUCUGCCUGAACAAAAAUUCUCAACUGGAGGUACAAGAAGACAUUUAAAUUAAGCGUGUGGAAAAUGUAUAUAGUGGAAAUGUACAUAUUUUGUGUGGAAAUAGCCUUCUCAAAUAAUCUGAGAAACAA